UUUCGACAUCACGACAGGAAAUAAACACGGGAAGAUCAAUUACAGCAGAAGGAAAAGAUGUCAAAAAAAUAUAUGUAAAUUGAGAAAUCGCAACUCGUUAACGUGUACUGAUUAUUUAGGAUACUUGCAGGUUAAAACUGAAAACACUCGCUCAGAUUGAUGUGUUUAUUAUAUAUACAAAAAGGUUGAAGAAUAUUCAUCUCUCAAACAAGCAGCGAUUCAAUUGUACGUUUUUUAAAAAGUCGGUAAUUGGAAGUAGUGCAACAUUACAUUUCCAGCACUGAGUUGUUAAAGAAGGAAGUAAGGUUUAAUACAACAUUGAAUACGCAAAUUUGGAAAUGUCUGCUGAUAACGGUUUUAUCGAACAAGAAUUUGAAAAAAUAUUCAAAUCGGAAGAAUUGUUGAAAAAAUGCGCAAACUCAUCCAUCGAAGUAGCCAAGAAGCAGAGCUUUUUCUUUCAGUGGUAUGACAAGUCAGGAAAACCUCACAAUAAGAUGGCUCCAUUUUGUUUGUUUCCAUCGCGAAUACCCAGAAAUGUUAUUCGAAGAAUAAACCAAGUUUGCCCAGAAUUUCAUAAACUUCAUCAUAAUGUCAGUUUUGAUUUCGAUUUCGUAAAGAAAGGAUUGGACAGUGUUACGAAAGCGGACUGGUUCGUUGAAAAAAUGUUCGGCAUAUACGAAAGAGUGUCUAAAUCAGUCAACCGUGAGGAACGGUAUGAGCUAUCAAUAACGAGAGCAGAUUACAUGGUGACAAAGACUGCUGAAGGAAUCCAACUUCCCAAACUUCUGGAAUGGGGUGUUUCAGGAUGGGGAUUUGGUGUAGCAAGUUUUCUCAAGCAAAUUUACAAACGCUCCUUACUGGAAGCGAGAAUUCAAUUUGAACAAGGUUUUUACUGGCAGGAAUAUGACGCUUGGAUUGGCUGAAACGUUUAUCAAAAGUUGGAAAAUAUACAACAAGUCAAACACCGGAAUAUUGAUUGUUGUCAGCGAAGAAUAUUUUUGCCUCAUGGAAUGUCACAAAUUGAAAGAAAAAAUAUUAGAAAUUGACCAUGAUAUUUUUGUAGACAUUUUAACACUACAGGAAGUGAGCAAGAAUCUUACACUUGGAGGUCAGAAAGAGUUGUUAGUAAAUGGAACAGAGUAUGGAGUUGUUUUUCUUCUCACGGGAUUUGAAGAAUUUGAAUAUCAAACUGAACAGGAUUGGAUCGCCCGUGAGCUGAUGGAAUAUAGCACUGCUAUUUUGUGUCCAAAUAUUUGCCAUUCGAUCGUGGAGCUAAAUAAAGUUAUGGAAAUUAUGUCAAGACCCAAACAUAUGGAAAAAUACGUUGACGAUUCGGAGGCUGGUCUCAUCAGGAAUACUCUGGUUGAAUAUCGAACUCUAGAACAGGGCAAUGUAGGCGACAUGAAUGCAAAACUGGGAAUCACGAAUCCCCACGAAUACGUGUUAAAAGAUCAGAGAGAGGGCGGAGUAAAAUACUUUCGUGAAGACGUUAAGAAUAUGCUGAAGAAAUUGCAAGGCACGCAACAAAGGGGCCAAUAUAUUCUCGUGGAUCAUAUCAAACCAGUUAUUGGAAAAAACGUUAUGAUUUUUUCGGAUGAAAAUCCAGAUCUUACUGUUGUAAAUACCGUCACAGAAAUUUCUUCAUUCGGAGCCUUCCUCACUAAAGAAAGAAAUAUCAUAAUAAACGAAUGCUUUGGGAACAUUUCCAGGACGAAGCAAUAUGGAGUUGACGCAAUCAGCACAUCUAAAGGCAAUUUUGCUUUGGAUCUCAUAUUAACUACAUGAUCGAUUUAUCUCGGAAUUCAAGACCUACCGAUUGACGUCGUGACUGCAUAAUAAUUAUACAACCUCAAAUACACAUUACACCAUGGA